AUGGUCGCGCCGGGCGCCGCUCUGAGUGACCUUUCACCUGCGCCCAGCGGUCUUGGGCGGCAGCACAAGGCGGAAGCCAUGGCGGAGGCGGCGGCUGCAGCGGGUGGGACGGGCGUGGGCGCGGGCGGGGGCUCCGGCUGUGCAGCGGACCGGGACCGGGACCGCGCCGGGCGGAGGCUCCGGGUUCUCUCGGGCCAUCUCCUGGGCCGGCCCCAGGAGUCUGUGAGUACCAAUGAGUGCAAAGCGCGGAGAGCCGCGUCGGCGGCCACGGCGGCGCCCACUGCCGCUCCCGCCGCGCAGGAGUCAGGCACCAUCCCCAAGAAGCGGCAAGAAGUUAUGAAAUGGAAUGGUUGGGGAUAUAAUGAUUCCAAGUUCUUCUUCAAUAAGAAAGGCCAAGUUGAGUUGACUGGGAAAAGGUAUCCUCUUAGUGGUAUGAUUUUACCAACUUUUAAAGACUGGAUUCAAAAUACCCUUGGAGUAAGUCUGGAGCAUAAAACUACCUCUAAAGCAUCCUUAAAUCCUAGUGAUACACCUCCUUCUAUUGUAAAUGAAGAUUUUCUUCAUGACCUUAAAGAAACUAAUAUUUCGUAUUCACAAGAAGCAGAUGAUCGAGUAUUUAGAGCUCAUGGUCAUUGUCUUCAUGAGAUAUUUUUGCUCAGGGAAGGAAUGUUUCAGCGAAUUCCUGAUAUAGUUUUAUGGCCAACAUGUCAUGAUGAUGUAGUUAAGAUUGUGAAUCUAGCGUGCAAAUAUAACCUUUGUAUCAUACCAAUUGGUGGAGGAACAAGUGUAUCAUAUGGCCUAACAUGUCCUGCAGAUGAGACAAGAACGAUUAUUUCUUUGGACACUUCACAAAUGAAUCGAAUCCUCUGGGUUGAUGAGAACAAUCUGACCGCUCAUGUGGAGGCUGGUAUCACAGGACAGGAGUUGGUUUUUUUGCUUAAAGAAAGUGGUUAUUGUACAGGUCAUGAACCAGAUUCCCUGGAAUUCAGCACUGUGGGAGGAUGGGUAUCUACUCGGGCAUCGGGCAUGAAGAAGAAUAUCUAUGGCAAUAUUGAGGACCUGGUGGUUCAUAUAAAAAUGGUAACACCUAGAGGUAUAAUAGAAAAAAGCUGUCAAGGACCUCGUAUGUCAACAGGCCCUGAUAUCCAUCACUUCAUCAUGGGAUCUGAAGGAACUCUUGGUGUGAUAACAGAAGCUACAAUAAAAAUCAGACCAAUCCCUGAAUACCAAAAGUAUGGCUCAGUAGCUUUCCCUAAUUUUGAACAAGGAGUAGCCUGUUUAAGAGAAAUUGCAAAACAGAGAUGUGCUCCUGCAUCUAUCCGCCUCAUGGACAACCAACAGUUUCAGUUUGGUCAUGCUCUUAAACCUCAGGUUUCCUCUAUUUUCACAUCAUUUUUGGAUGGCUUAAAGAAGUUUUAUAUUACAAAGUUUAAAGGAUUUGAUCCAAAUCAGCUAACUGUCGCUACAUUACUGUUUGAGGGGGACCGUGAGAAGGUUCUUCAACAUGAAAAACAAGUGUAUGACAUCGCUGCAAAAUUUGGUGGGUUGGCAGCUGGAGAAGAUAAUGGACAGAGAGGUUAUUUGCUGACCUAUGUCAUUGCAUACAUUCGAGACUUGGGUUUGGAAUACUAUGUAUUAGGAGAGUCUUUCGAGACUUCAGCUCCUUGGGACAGGGUUGUGGAUCUCUGUAGAAAUGUAAAAGAACGAAUAACAAGGGAAUGCAAAGAGAAGGGUGUUCAGUUUGCUCCUCUUUCUACCUGCAGGGUGACGCAGAUUUAUGAUGCAGGUGCAUGUAUCUAUUUCUACUUUGCCUUUAACUACAGGGGAAUAAGUGACCCACUGACUGUGUUUGAACAAACAGAGGCAGCUGCUAGAGAAGAAAUCCUUGCUAAUGGAGGGAGCCUGUCGCAUCACCACGGAGUGGGCAAGUUACGGAAGCAGUGGCUAAAGGAAAGUAUCUCUGAUGUCGGCUUUGGGAUGCUGAAGUCUGUCAAGGAAUAUGUGGACCCCAAUAACAUCUUUGGAAACAAAAACCUUUUAUAA